GACGACAGGGAUUGAGGGCAGAGGCGGCGGGAGCUGUCACACGGCGUUGAGAGGAGCGGCUGCUGUACACGGGCUCGGCUCGGCUAGGCUCGCUAUCCACGCAGUCAUCUCAACCGCAAUGAUGUCCCCGUGGGACCGUUGGUACUCCAGCAGCUGCUGCAUGUGUUGCCAUGUUCGGACCGGCACCAUUAUUCUGGGAGUCUGGUACAUGAUUAUCAAUGCAGUGGUGCUGCUUAUCUUACUCACAGCACUCAGUGACCCUAGUCAGUAUCGCCUAACAAGUGUGGAGUUGGGAAGUGAUUUUGACUUCAUGGAUGAUGCAAAUAUUUGCAUUGCUACGGCAAUUUCACUUCUAAUGAUACUUAUUUGUGGAAUGGCAACAUAUGGCGCAUACAAGCAACAUGCUGCCUGGAUCAUCCCAUUCUUCUGCUACCAGAUUUUUGACUUUGCACUGAACACCUUGGUUGCCUUUAGUGUUAUUGUUUAUCCCAAUACAAUUCAGGACUAUUUGGUGCAGUUGCCUAGCAAUUUUCCAUAUAAAGAGGAGAUUAUGUCUAUGAAUCCAACAUGCUUAGUUCUGAUUGUUUUGCUCUUCAUUGGUGUAAUUCUAGCAUUUAAGGCCUACUUGAUCGGCUGUGUGUGGAACUGCUACAGAUAUAUUAAUGGAAGAGUGACCUCAGAUAUGCUGGUUUAUGUCACUACUAACGAUACCACUGUCCUGUUGCCUCCAUAUGAUGAAGCUGUAACUAUCUCUUCCAAACAUCCACCACCUCCAUACAUGUCUGCUUAAAGAAAAUUCUUUAAACCACUAUAUUUCUCAAUAUUUUAUCAUGUCCAGCAGCCUGACAGAUCCUUUUAGGGGGAAGCAAAGGAAUACUAUUUUCUCUCUCUUAAUGUUUAUGCAGGUUUGAAAUAUAAUGUUAUUUGUUUGCAGUGUUGUCUUGGGUAUUUACAGCAGUUUAAUCUUUGCUCUGGGCAUACUUUGAUUCCCAAGUUCUGAAUUUUUAAAAAUUGUUUUUCAUACUCUUCUAUGAAAUCUGAUACAAAUACUUUAUAAUCUUCGGCUUAUGCAAAACAUUUCAAGAUGAUUACUGUCCCAAUGCACUUUACUGCUGAAAUGUUUUCCAGAAAUGCAGAUUCUUAUGGUUAAAGCUCAGGAAGGGAAAAGUACUGUGGUCAUGUUGGCACAGUGAGAUUUAAUGUGAACAUACAUUGUUGUGAUUUCAGACCCAUGCCAGUAGGUUGUACUGCAGCCUUGCAUAUAUUGAGUUUUUGAAAUGUGGCACAUAGGGCAGUUAUCUGAAAACACAUCUAUCACUUGUUUUAUUCUGUGCACCUUGCUGAUUGCCAUUAAAUAAAGAAUAUUCUACAUUUAAUCUAUUGUGUAAAUGUAAAGAGUUUCCUAAAAUGAGUUAGAUAAUGUAAAUUAUUCUGUAACUCUAUUUUAUUAUUAUUAUUGUUUUUUGUUUUUUUUUUUGCUAUUUGCACUUUUUUAAACUUGCAAAAUUAUUUCCCUUUUAAUACUAUGCACCUUAUUUCUUGCAAUGAUUUUGAAGAGAAAUAAUCAGUAUUAAAUUUAAAAUGUAACUUGGACAUAUAUGUAGAAAAUCAUACAUUUAGAAGAUAUUUUUCUUUUGACAUAGUUUGGUCUGUAUUAUUUAUUCUGGCAGAUCUUAUAAAAUGUGCUGAGUGUUUUGACUUAAAAGUAAAAUUUUAAUUUAUAUCCAAAAAAGAUUACUUUGUAUUUGGAAGAAAGCUGCAUUCAUUUUCAUUUUUGAAGGUUAUGGAGUUAAUGCCUGUCCCACUAGUGUUAGGUGGAAGACAAAGACCAACUCUGAAUUGGAAAUCAACCUGUUGCAAGGCACAUUUGUGAAUCCACAAAUACACAAACACAUUGAUACUGGUAAAGAGUAAAUCAGAAGUCUCCAGUUAGCUUAAUCUGUGUGUCUUAAAUAUGUAAGGAAAAGCUGCAGUGUGCAAUGACUGAGCCAGGAAUUCAACCUGAGCCUGGAAGUUGUUAGGGUAGAAGUUCUCUCCAAUGCGCUAUAGCACCAUCAUUUUACAAAAAGUUCAUUAUACUAAAUGGAACACUAAACUUCAUAAUUUAACUUUUCAGCUGCCUAUUUCCAGCAUGUUCAUCAUUUGGCAGUGACCUACAGAAAAUGGCCUAAUGCAUAGGGAAUGGGAGAAAACUUUUUUGUAUUCCCACACAUGUGCUGAACGAUUUUAGUACUUUUUCGGUUGAACAGUAAAUAUUACAUUCUUCUUUGUGAUAUUAGAGUCCAUCAAAUCCUCACAUAGGAUACAACUUUUCCACCCCCAUUAUAAUUCUGCAAGUAAAGUAUACAUUCAUUUUAAUAACACUACAUAGAUCAAACAGAACAGAGAACAGUUUGUUUUUUCACAAUGGUUGGCAUUGUUCCUGUUGUUUUGUACAAAGUUGUGUUUGGAUCAUUCUUCAGACACAGUGAUUCACCUGCUAUCCAGUAUUGUGAAAUUUAAGCCAAUGAAGUACUACGUAAGUUCAACUCACUUUCUUGCUAAAGCAAAACCUGUCACUAUAAACAAAUGACAGGCACCAUGUAACGUAGGAUUAACUUGCUGUGUCAGCAGUUUUCUUCCUCUGUUUAAUGUAUCAUUUUUGCAAUGAGUCAAAAAUGCCCUCUAAGGGGUAAUUGUGAGAUUAGGUAUUCUGUAUCUGCAGUAAUGUGGUACCCAUGCACAAUGGAUUCCAGCCUUAUGUCAGCUGCUGGCAGGGUGGGACCUAACUCCCCAUGACCACAAAUUGAAUAGUUUGGUAUGAGUUUGGUGCAAAAAUGCAUAAACAGUAUUUUUAUUACCUUGGUUUAAAAUAUCCUUAUAACCAAACAGUUUACAGUUAAACAAAUAAUAUAAAAGUAUUGUGUAUAGCUGUAGUGUGCUUUGUGCAUUAAUAUAACACUGUUACUUAUGUCAGUCACCAAUUUGUUACGAUAGAACUGCAAAGCCACUAAAAUCUUGCAUGUUGUUUAAUUAGAGAAAUAAGAAUAUAUGCUGUAUUAUGAGACAACAACAGGGCACAAUAAUAUCGAAGUCCUGAAUUUCAUUAAAAUAUUUACUUUUUUAUAAAAAGGACUGCACUAUGAAGAAAAUGUUUAGUUGGGAAACUUAAUUGCACAUUUAGCAUGGUACAUGCUUACUACAGUCUUUUCAUGAUACUUCAUAAAGUGCUUUGUUUAAGCAUUUAUUUUGACAAUUGAUAGCCUGUCAAGAGAGGCUGUGUUUGCUGUUUAAUCACAGCCAGUGUUUCCCUUUUUUGGGAAAAUCUCAAACUCUGCGUACAAUGUUGAAAAAAAUGAAUCAAUGUCUAUUUUUGCUGCGAUAACACAUGCAAUAAAUUUGAAAUUAGAGGGUAAGAUCCAUGUCAGAGAUUAGCUCUGUUUUAUAUUAUGGCUCCAAUUUUGAUAGGCUGAAUUGACUUGUUGUUUCAAAUGCACUGCCUGUAUUUAUUUAAUUUGGGAUAAUAAAGAUUGACUCAGAUUGA